ACGCCUACACGUAGUACGUCACAAAAGAGCUUCAGGAUUUUUUUCUCCUUUAAUGUAGGUUUCUUUUUUCGUCGGCGUCUGUAGAUGUUUUCGUUAGGCUUAUUCACCUAGUUAAAUUAAAUGGAUAACGAUCAUUUUUCACAUUUUAAUGAAACUAAAAUCAAGUGACUUUUUCAAAAUAGUAAAUCUUACAGCAGAAUCCGAAUAAAAUAACCGUUUGUGGUUAUCGACGAGAAGCUCUAGGAUCUGCCCCAGUUGCUGUUUUUUUCUUGUGUCUGUGUCAGACGAAGUCAACAAGAUGGAACAUCACCAGCCAGUGAGCAGAUACCAAGUGUUGCAUAAUGAGGAUGAUCCAUCUGAGCCAUCUGCCAGUGAGGCGGCUUCCAGUUCUGCACAGAUUGCAACUCCUUCGGAAACUGUAGUGCCACUGGAGGCCGAAGUACCUCCUCCACCUUACAGCAGUGUUGCAUUAGGAGCAACUGCGGCUCCAGAAGGUGAAUUUCAAAGUGAUUUCCAUCCUGUGCCACCUCCAUACAGUGUUGCUACCUCUUUGCCUACCUAUGAUGAAGCAGAAAAGGCCAAAGCUGCAGCAAUGUCUGCUGCUGCAGCAGAUGUGGUGCAGCGGGAGGAAGAUUUUCCACCAAGAGAUGACUUCAGUGAUGCUGAUCAGCUAAGAGUUGGUAAUGAUGGGAUAUUCAUGUUGGCGUUUUUUAUGGCUUUUCUUUUCAACUGGAUUGGCUUUUGUUUGUCUUUCUGCCUGACCAACACAAUUGCUGGAAGAUAUGGAGCAAUUUGUGGAUUUGGACUUUCCCUUAUAAAAUGGAUCCUCAUUGUCAGGUUUUCUGAUUAUUUUACUGGAUACUUCAAUGGACAGUACUGGCUGUGGUGGAUAUUUCUUGUCCUUGGCCUGCUUCUCUUCUUCAGAGGUUUUGUCAACUAUCUGAAAGUUCGUAACAUGUCGGAAAGCAUGGCAGCAUCUCAUAGAACACGUUUUUUCUUCUUAUACUAAAGGACUGCAGCAACCAAACAUUCCUUCCUAAUGUGAAAUUCCCUGGUGAUUUGCAACUUGCGGCUUAAACUGGAUACAAGAAUGCAGAACUGAAGUAUUGAGAACAUCUCCAAAAUAAUUUGACUUUUUUUCUACAUCAGUGCAAUCAACUAAGA